AUGCGUUUCUUCGAGGUCGUUCUGUCGGGCGCUGCCCUCAUCUCUGCUGCUUUCGCCGUCGAGUUCAACUCGUGGCCCGACAGCGUCAAGGCCGGCCAGACCGUCACCCUGACCUACUCCCCCAAGGAUGCUGCCACCACCAUCAUCCUCCGCAAGGGCCCUUCGACCAACCUUGACACUCUCCAGACCCUCACCACCACUUCCACUGGUGGUUCCUUCGAGUGGGCUGUUCCCUCCAGCCUCGAGAACGGCGACGACUACGCUUUCGAGAUCCGCCAGGCCGGCGCUGAGCCCAACUACUCUGGCCAGUUCGCCCUGAGCGGUGGUGUUGCCUCGGCAGUCUCCUCGUCUGCCUACUCCACCAAGGCCUCGUCUGCUGCUGCCUCGUCCACCGCCCACUCCACCGAGGUCUCUACCACCGUCAAGACCUCCGUUGUUACCUCUGCUGCCUCCGCCUCUGCCUCCGGCUCCAUCGUCCCCAGCGCCGGCGCCAACAGCACCAUCUCCACUGGCUCUCCCUCUGCGACCAAGUCCCAGGCCUCUGGCUCCCCCACUGGCUCUUCCCCGCCCGUCGAGAACACCGGCGCUGCGUCGUCCUUCGGCGUCAACGCUGCCGCUCUCUUCGGCGCCAUCGGUGCUUUCGCCUACUUCGCAUAA